GAGGGAGAGAGAGGGGAGAAGUUGGAUGGCACUUUCCUUUGUCGCCGUGUCUCUGAUCUUACGACUACCGAGCAACAUUAUCUCUGAUCCGUGAAAUCACACGGUGUGUCGCCGCUUCACGCCUACUCCUCCUGGUUUCAUCCAACAAACGGUCGAACCUGUGGCCAGGAUGAUGGAGGAAUCGGUCAGCACGUUUGAAACCCAUCUGACGGCUGUCAUGGACAGUCUGAUCCGAGCCUCGGUGUGUGAGAUAACCAAACUCUUCCAGGAGACGGUGAACGACUACCUGGUGGAGCUGUCCCUCAACAGGAAGGAGAACGAGGCUCUCAAACUGCGACUGAGGCUCACUGAGGGCAAGCUGAGGACCGAGCGAGUGUACGGGCUGGGCUGGGCUUCCCACCGCCGCAACGCUGGCCUGGCAGCGGCAGAGGAAGGGGCCGGAGGGAGGAAGAAACGAAAAGUUAUGGGGACCCGAGGCAAGUCAAAGAAGGGCCCGGCAGCAGCCUAUGGCAAAGGCUGGCCUGGAGGUGUGUGGGAGGAAGGAGGAGGUGGCGGCGGCGGUUGUGCUGGGGGAGGAGGAAGUGGAGGAGCUGUGGGGAUGGUAGCAGGAGCAGGAGGAAGAGGGGGGAAGGAGGCCAGGGAGAUGUACCUCAUCCAGUUCCCUGGGGGCGAAGAGGAGGAGGGAGGGAUGGUGGAGGACGAUGAAGGGGAGGACAGCCUCAGCGGUGAGGGGGAGGAGACGGCCAACAUCAAAGAGGAGUUUUCUCAAACAGAGGGCUAUCAACCUGCUUCUCUCAAGCUUAUCAAGGAGGCUUUGAAGAUGGACCUGCCCAACCAGAACCUCCACGCAGGCUCCAGAGCCCAAAGCGAAGGAGAGCUGUCAGAUCGUCCUCCGACCCUUCAUCCAGGAGAGCGAGAGGAGGAGGAAGAGGAGGACUGGGAGGUGGGAUCCACAGAGCCAUCAGAGGGGGGCAUGACCAUGGACGAGCUGAGGGGUUUGGAGUCCGCACUGAGGGCUGAAAGGGGCCGUGAGCAGGGUUCCAUGACGGCUUCCCAGCCUGUCAGCCCCGGCUCAGAGGUGGCACCAGGUAGCGAGAUCAGCUUGGCCCCCAAGUACAUUGGUCUCGAUGGAAUGGAGCAAGACGAAGAGCUGGAUCCUCAGCCACCCACCCUGCAGAGAGAAGACCAGAUAGGGCAAACCCGGGUGAAGGACCGUAUGAGAGCUGGCAUGUUCGGAGUAGCAGAGCUGAAGUCGGGCUGGUCGAAGAAGAUGAGAGAGGGCGACUCAGCUGCUGUCAUGAGUGGAGAGGAUGCGUCAGAGCAGGGAGAGUCAGAUCACCUGCCUCACCUGUCUGCUCCAGGGAGUGUCGGGGAGAGCGGAGGGGAAGAAGAGGCUGGUGCUGACCUGCUCCACUUCUGCCCUCAGUGUGGAGGAGGCUUCACCACAGAGGCUGAGAUGGAGGACCACCCCUGUCCACUGGGUGGUGCCCUUUUACAGAACAGCGGAGGAGAGGAGGGUCUUUUCCCUUGUGCCCACUGUGGCAACACGUUCAGCCACUCCUGGGCACUUAAGAACCAUGAGUGUGCCUGUGCUGCCGAGCGGCCACACUGCUGCGAGAUCUGUGGGAAGCGCUUUACACACUCACGCUCCCUGGAACGCCAUCAUCUGGUGCACACAGGCGAGAGGCCACACCGGUGCCCGCAGUGUGGACGCAGCUUCAGUCGUCUAGGCAACUUGGAACGUCACCAGCGGAUCCACACGGGUGAACGUCCGUACGGGUGCGAAGCGUGUGGAAAACGGUUCAGUCGUGUGGAGUACUUAAAAAGACACCAACUCAUACACAACAGUGAAAAGGCAACCCUGCAGUGCUCCAACUGUGGAACGGGUUUCAGUGAUGUGGAGCAGCUGAAAAGCCACCAGUGUUUUUAGAGCC